UUGACUUCAUUUUCCGAUCAGUUGUUAACUACAUUCAGUUUGCUUUAGAUACGGUUUGUAACCAAAUUUAAAUUGCUGCCCUUUGUAGCUUUGUCUGUUAUUAAAAACAUUUUCCUCGAUGGAGGGUUUCGAGUAUGUGGUCAAUCCGCCAGUUUGGCCAACGGUCGGUUUCCUCAGGAAAAUCCGCAGGGACUCCAGCGGAACUUUCGUUCGGGAUAGCUAUACCAAAAAGCUGCCGUCAGUCGGUCCAAAUGCCUAUGAUAUUCCCUCAUCAAUUGGAUUUAAUUAUCCCUCAAAAGCUGGAUUUUCAGCCUUGGCCAACAAGAUGCCACGCUUACCCCCUUACCGAGAACUUGGUUAUCCUCCCAUUGGAUCCUAUGCCACCGACUUUCCAGGAACUCAAUACUACUUUACAUUUAACAAGCAAAUUGUUCGCGAACAAAAAUGGGUAACGCCUGGACCCUCCACGUACACGCACCACCUGAAAUAUCCGCAAUGGGAUGUGGAGAUGGCUUUCGGUUGCAAGCGCCUCAUCUGGCCUUCGGUGGCGGUAUUCUGCAGUCCCCACAACAACGCCAAGUGCUCCGUGUGUGGCAAAAAGCCGGUGGGCGAUUAUUUCCACAACUUUAGCAGUGAUGCGGACAUGUGCCGAGUGUGCAUGCACGCCGAGGUGGCGGCGAUCAAGAAGUGCAACCUGCAGGUCACGGAGCGGUACAGUCGGCAGCAGAAGAUCAAGCAGUUCGUGCCCGCCCGAUACUGCGGGUUCUUCCACAAUCACGACGGAACCACUGCCACUAUAGAGCGGGAAUCUCGAAAGGUCCUGCGCCAGAAGAUUCGCGUGGAAAAUUACCUGUAUCGACUGAAUGCGAAGAUAGAUUAGUGGAAAGAUUAGUAGAAAAACCUGAACUUUUAAAGAAAAUUAUAUGAUUACACUUCCGUUACUGAUCUUAAAUACCUUAUAUACUAGCGGCUAUCCUCAACUUACUUUCAAAUAUCCCAUUCGAAUUUUUAAAAUAAUCAGAAACGUUGAUUCAA